ACGCGGGCCGCGCCAUGGCCGCCGACGGCGGCGGUGGCGGGCGGGAGCUGCUCGCCCUCAUCCACGAGCACCUGCUCCGCGGCGGCUUCGCGCGGGCCGCCCGCGAGCUGCAGGCGCAGAGCGGACAGAAAUUACUCCCUUCCUUCUCGACCUCUCUCGAGGACAUCUUUACCCACUGGGAAAAAACUCCACCAAACUUCAAGAGAAGAAAUGUGAGUGAUGAGGAGGCAGCUAUCCCAGAAAAGAUCAGAGUUCCUGAUCCUGUGAGCAGUUCUGAGAGCUCAGAGAAAGAAGAGGAUGAAAAAGAGAAAGCAAAAGCUGCAAAUGCAGCCAGCAUUUCUCUGGCCACAAACUCGGUAGUGAAUAUAGAAAGCAGCGAGGAAGAUGAGUCCUCGUCGGAAGAGGAGGCUCCAGCUGGGAAAGGUGCAGUGACGGUGACAGCAGCUGUGGUGGGUGGAAAAGCUGCCAACUCCCUGCAUUCUCCUCCCAAGCCUGCUGCCCCAGCAGGUAGAGCAGAGGGCCUCUCUGCUGCUGACAGAACUGUGCUCUCUAACAAGCAGCAGCCCAAUGCCCCAGCACCGGCUCCAAGCCCAGCCAAGGCCCAGAAACUGCCUGGUCCUGGGAAGCCUGGACAUGCCACAGCAGCUGUGGCCAAAGUAGGACAAAGCAAAGCACCAGUAACGACCACAGCACCGGAAAGUUCCAGCAGCAGCAGCUCCUCAUCUGAGAGCGAGGAGGAAGAGGAGACACCAACUGUGAAGGCCCCAGCCCCCAAAGCAGAGCCGUCAGCUGGGGCUAAGAGCAGCAGUGAGGAAUCAAGUGAGGACACAUCCUCUGAGGAGGAGCUGACAAUUCCACCCAUCCAGGCCAAGCCAGCUGUAAAAAAAGUGCAGUCUAAUGCAGCACCUGUGAAAAGUGCACCUGUUACUUCAGUGUCCCUGAAGAAAAAUGCAGGGAAGCAAACAGCACUGGCAACAAGCCAGGCCAAACCAGCAUUGACAACGGUUCCUGGGGCUGCACAGCCCAGUGACACAUCAGAGAGCAGCAGCUCCUCAGACAGUGAAGAUGAAGAACGUCCAUUAGUAACCCAAACAAAGCCACCUCCAAAAUCCUCCCAGGCCGUCCCAUCCCCAGUGAAACCUACACCAGCAGCAUCACUCUCUGUCAAAGCAGCUCCAGCAAAAACACUUCCACAGUCCCAAGGGAAGACAGCAUCAAAACCAACAGUGCCGAAGCAGGCUGAACCCACUGCUGCUCCCACAAAGCCUGCUGAAAGUAUAAAGCCAGUGGAGAGCUCUGCUUCGUCAGCCAGUGAAGAGGAGGAUCUCCCUGUGCCCAUCAGCCAGAAGAGGUUAUCAGACCAGCCCAGGCCUACGCCCAACGUGAGCCAGGCUGCUAAAGCUGGUCAGCCUGAAAAAGCAGUGGUAAGCACCUUGAAAAGCCAGGUUUCAGAAAGUGGGAGCAGUGACUCGUCUGACAGUGAAGAGGAGUCUCCUGCAGCACAGAAGCAGCCUCCACAAGCUGUGAAAACCAAUUCUGUGCCCCAACCAACAAACGUGAAAAAGGCACCAACUUCAGCACCAGUCACAGCCCCUCCAGCUGUGGACAGCAGUGAUGAUUCCAGUGAGGAGUCAGAUUCAGAGGAUGAAAUAGUCCCCCCUUCCCAGAGUGUGUCCCAGCAGAAUGUCAGAGUAACUGCAGUUUCGAGCAUGGUGGCUGCAAAGGCAAAUGCCAGCCUGCCUUCAGGGAAGAGGACAAAAACCCCUGCUGUCCCUGCAGUGAGCAGAGUGUCUGAGAGCUCGAGCACUGUUGCCUCAGAGCACAACAUGCUGGCAGGAAAGGUCCCUGCUGCUUCUAGCCAAAAGCAAACGGUUUCUGUGGGAAAAGCUCCUCCUGCCAACACUACCACCCCAGGAAGUUCCAUUGGUAAGGCAAGGAAGGCAGUCCUGCAGCCAGGACAGGACACCCAGCCAAACCAGGCCGUGCCACCCACUCAUGCAGAGGACACCUCAGACAGCAGCAGUUCCUCCGACAGUGACGAGGAGGAGGCACCCAAGCAGCCUUCCAAACCUGCAGGCUCCCUACAGAAACCAGGAGGGACCCAGCCAGCCCACAGCUCCUCCUCAGAGUCCAGUGAGGAGGAGGAUGCAGCAUCACAGUCCCUCCUCACAGGCUACCCAGUCCUCUCCAAGCCCCCAGUAACAUCCCAGGCACCAAAGACGGUUCCCCCCCAGCCUGGAGGUGAGGUGGGGCCGGGGAAGGCACCUCAGAGUGCUGCAAACUCCCUCGCCAAGCACUCCCUGAAAGCAGCCCCGGCCAACAGCUCAAGCAGUGACAGCAGUGACUCCGACACAGAUGACAACCAGGUGGCUGCAAACCACAAAGCAGAAAACAACCCCACUUCGGGGCAGGAAGCUACAGAAACCUCCAACAAAGAGAAGGUGGCAGAAAAACCAGAGCCAGGUCAUGCCAGCCUCAAAGCUUCCUCACUGAAGAAAACCUUGGUGAUGAAAGAGAACAAUGUUGGGGCAACAGGGGUGCAAGUGACCCCAGCAUCAUCACAUGCCCUGCUCUCCGUCCCACAGUCACAGGAGCCAAGCUCAGGGAGUGAAACUGAGGUCACCACUGCUGCUGAAGUCCCUGCAGUGGAGGGGUUGGAAGUGAAGAAGAAGAAGAAAAAGGAGAAAAAAGAAAAGGAGAAAAAGGAGAAAAAAGAAAAGGAGAAAAAGGAGAAAAAAGAAAAGGAGAAAAAAGAGAAAAAAGAAAAGGAGAAAAAGGAGAAAAAGAAACCAUCCUCCACAGCAGACAAGGCUGUGAAAACGUCCAAGAGCAAAGACAAAGAGAACAAGAAGCAGAAAACGUCUCAGAAGCGGAAGCUGACAGGAGAGGAUGGGGCUGUGGGGCAGCCCAAGGAGAAGAAACAGAAAGGGCAAGCUAAUGAAGAAGUACCCAAAAAGAAAAAGAAGAAAGCAGAUGGUGACCUGGAGAAGGAGGCAGGCAGCAAGGAAACAAAAAAAGCAGCUAAAAAAAAGAAGACUGAAAAAGAAAAGAAGAGCAAAAAAGCAUCUUUGGAAGUGGCAGCUGUAGCAGAUGGCUCUGCUGAGGUGCACAAGAAGAAGAAGAAGAAGAAAGGAGCUGAGCCUGAAGGAUUGUGAGAAGGUAUAUGGCCUGUGGGGACGGGCCAUUGGUACCCUGGCAGCGUAACCUUGGCCACGUUCAGAACUCCUGGGCCAGUUUUGGGAAGACAAUGUGACCUCUAAGAGCUCACUGGGCCAGCCUGGCCUUGGAUCAGAGGGCCAGGGAGUGGAGCAGUGUGAGGAAUGUCAUGCAGCCAUGUGCUGGCUUCUCUGGAUGUGUCUGACCUCAACUCUUUAGCUGCUGAGAUGUCCAGCCUGGGUGUUGCUGACCUCUGUCACCAGCAGAGAUGAAUGGCUUCUGGCAGUGUCUGUCUGUCCCUGCUGACCACAGGGAGCUUGGAAAAGUGAUGGGGAUGAGAUGGUGAUGUUGUAGCCACCUGGAAGUGGACCAGAUGCCUUUGCACAGCUGCAAGGCUGCUCUCCUCCUCCCCAUCCCUAACUUUUAACUCCUCUCCCCAAAGGUACCGCAUUCCUGUGCUUAAAGAUUUAUGGGUGAAGAUCAAAGAGAAGAGAGGAAAAGGAAGCUCACCUGGAGAAUUCCCAACUUUUUUUAAAAUAAUAAUUUAUCAUUUCUUUUAACUGUGACUUUUAGAACAGAGUUGUGUAACCUUCUGCCUCCUCCUGCCCUGCUGAGGCCCAGAGAUGUGUUUAUAAUCCCUCCAGAUGGAAUGGAACUGGAGGAGGCAGAUUGACCAGAGCAUAAACUGCUUUUCCCUUUGUUGACACCCAGCCAUCCCUUUCUCUUACCACAGAGCUAUAUUUUUGAGAAAAUCUUUUACCUUUUCUCCCUCCUCCUGUGACUUGUGGUGUCAGUCCUUUUGCUACUACAAAGAAAGCUCUUGGGUUUCCUUUUUAUUCUAACACUGACAGUGGUGAUUAUCAUGUCCCUGGAGUUGCACUGAACAGUUGUGACCAGCAGCUGUUCUCAACCAAGGCAAGAGUCAGUUUUUGUGGGUUUUUUUUUUUUGUUGUCUUUUUUUGUUUGAUUUUUUUUUUUAUGAAGUAUAAAAUAAAAAACAACAAACAGA